UGGGCAUCAAAGUCGAACAUUCGAACCACCAACAGUAUCAUUGCUUGGAUGGUGCGAUAGAAAACAGCAACCGCAGCAAUGCCUAUCCAAGGAAUCCGAACAGUGGCUACCAGCCGAAAUGGCGUAGGCGCCUUUAUCCUCCAAUGCAAACGGCUCGACUUUCAUUAUUGCGACUGGGCCGGUAGCUCAAGAGGGAUGAAUGCAUUUCUCAAAUACACCCUCCCCUCCUUCGCCGCCGCAAACCCACAGAUAGAAAUCCGCGUAUCCCCCCGACCGAAGAAACACCCCGUGAUCAAAGGUCACUACAUCAAUGGCCGUGAAAAGGCCGUGUGCGUCCGCAACCUCGAGAAAGAACAGAUCCUAGCGAAGGCGUUGCUGCUCAAGGAGGCUAGCGGAGAGAAGUUGAGAAGAGUCAGGAAGCCUGUGUCCAGUUUGAAUGAGAGUGUGAGAGGCAUUUGGAGUCCUUAUCAUGGCGAUGUCAAGACGGUAUGAUGUGGGAUGGGACGCGGUGGGAUUACGAACCGCUAUAUGUCAUGUUUGGUGGUGUGGUGAGUCCACGCCGGCCGCGCUGGUGUUUGAAAAGGAAAUGGGCUUUAUGAACGAUUUCACAGACCAAUAAGGUCAGGAUCUGAGCGAUUGUGCAUCGCUAUUGUUUUAUAUAUAUGUGUGCAUUUUGCAUUUUAUUUCGUUGUUUGAUUUGGAAGUAUAUUUACUUUUGUUCUGGAUUCGAUGGGUCACAUAGACUGGAAUAAUGUCUUGUAUUUCUUUAUAUGUAUAAUAGAAGCUUUAAAAGGGUUAGAAGAGCCUCCAGUUGACGAGCGGUUCAUCUUUUCCUGCGGUACAUCAGCUACUAAUCACUCUAUGUAUUACGCUUCAGGCGUCGUAACAAUAAAAUACUUCGUAAAGAAGUAAAAAUGCACGGGAUUCAACAAAUCAUAGAAAUCAGGGGCAUGUAACACCGCAGC